AUGAGGCCGCAGCGCCCGCGGGCACGCCGCAGCGCCCCCGGCCCGAUGGAGGCCCCGCCGUGGGAGCCGGUCCGCAACGACUCGCUGCCGCCCACGCUGACGCCCGCCGUGCCCCCCUACGUGAAGCUCGGCCUCACCGUGGUCUACACCGUGUUCUACGCGCUGCUGUUCGUGUUCAUCUACGCGCAGCUGUGGCUGGUGCUGCGCUACCGCCACAAGCGGCUCAGCUACCAGAGCGUCUUCCUCUUCCUCUGCCUCUUCUGGGCCUCCCUGCGGACCGUGCUCUUCUCCUUCUACUUCAAAGACUUCGUGGCGGCCAACUCGCUCAGCCCCUUCGUCUUCUGGCUGCUCUAUUGCUUCCCCGUGUGCCUGCAGUUCUUCACCCUCACGCUGAUGAACUUGUACUUCACGCAGGUGAUUUUCAAAGCCAAGUCAAAGUACUCUCCAGAGUUGCUCAAAUACCGGCUGCCCCUCUACCUGGCCUCGCUCGUCAUCAGCCUCGUCUUCCUCCUGGUGAAUCUGACCUGCGCUGUGCUGGUGAAGACAGGAACCUGGGAGAGGAAGGUGAUCGUCUCCGUGCGAGUGGCCAUCAACGACACGCUGUUCGUGCUGUGUGCCGUCUCUCUCUCCGUCUGCCUCUACAAAAUCUCCAAGAUGUCCUUGGCCAACAUUUACUUGGAGUCCAAGGGCUCCUCCGUGUGUCAAGUGACUGCCAUCGGUGUCACCGUCAUCCUGCUUUACACCUCCCGGGCCUGCUACAACCUGUUCAUCCUUUCCUUUUCUCAGAACAAGAGCGUCCAUUCCUUUGAUUACGACUGGUACAACGUAUCAGACCAGGCAGAUCUGAAGAACCAGCUGGGAGAUGCCGGAUACGUAGUGUUUGGAGUGGUGCUUUUCCUGUGGGAGCUCUUACCCACCACCUUGGUAGUCUACUUCUUCCGAGUUAGGAAUCCUACAAAGGACCUCACCAACCCUGGAAUGGUCCCCAGCCACGGGUUCAGCCCCAGAUCUUAUUUCUUCGACAACCCUCGACGAUAUGACAGUGAUGAUGAUCUUGCCUGGAACAUCGCCCCUCAGGGACUUCAGGGAAGUUUUGCUCCAGACUACUUUGAUUGGGGACAACAAACGAACAGCUUCCUGGCACAAGUAGGAACUUUGCAUCAAGACUCCACUUUGGAUCCUGACAAACCAAGCCAUGGGUAGCAUCGGUUAACAAUUUUAUGGAAGAUUCCUCAGCUGAAAAGCUUCAGAAAGGCAAACUUCAUGACAACUGAACGUUUAGGGCACAUUUCCUUAAGACACAAGACUUAAUGUUUAUUUGUUAUAAGUUUCUAAUGGCUCCAUAGGACUAAGCAAUAAUUUAGAUUGAUAAACCCUUAUGUUAGUACUAAAAAGUGAGCCUGUUUCAAUGGGUAUAAUUUAAACUUUUUAAAGAAAACCUGUACUUUUAUAAAGAUCUAUUUUAUAUAACUUAAAAUAAUAGUGCUAAAGUAUACUAGAGUUUUUCCUUGAGAAUGUUAUUACAAUGUAUGUUGUAGUUUGCACAGACUUUUAUGCAUAAUUCACUUUAAAAGUAUAGAUGAUAUGGUCUAACAGUUUUUAAGGCUUUUGGACUAAAGUAUUCCUCCAAUCCUUACCUCUGAAGGUCACUUAGAUUUAGAGUUCCACAUCGGUUGACUCCUAAAUACAGCUGAAAUCCAGAAAGCUAAUUGCAACUCCAAUGUUGAAAGUUAAAAUGAAAUGGAGUAAUAAUAGACUAUAAGGUAACUAGCUCUGUAGAGUUUCUGUAAGGUCUGGUAGCUGGUCCUUCAAAGAAUCUCUCUCCUUUAAUUUAAAAAAAAAAUUUUUUUAAACUUGAGAGGUAGAGAGGAAGGGAUAUCGAGAGUACUCUGACCUACUGGUUCACUCUCCAACUGCAGAAGCUAAAGCUGGGAGCCAAGAACUCAAUCCAGGUCUCCUAUGUGUGUGGCAAGAAUCUAAUCACUUGAGCCAUUACCACUGCCUCCCAGGGUUCACAUUAGCAACUGGUUUCUGGAGCUGGAGCCAGGCAGUGUGAUGUCCCAACCAGCAUCUUAACAGCUAGGCCAAGUACCUACCCCAAAGCAUCUCUUAAAUUCUGCCAAAAGUCUCGUACUUUGUUUGAAUCAGGCACUAAUGUAUACACUGCAAUAACAAGUUGAUAAUGUUAAGAAUGUACCUGACUUAUACUAUUAAACCUCUCCUGCUAUAUUCAUAGAUUUUGCACAGUUUUUUCAGCCCAAUAAAAAUCUGCUAUUCAUUACCUCAGGAUUACAGCAUUAUACCUUUCCCAACUCACCGAAUGUUCAUUACAUUCAAAGAAAAAAUGAAGUUCCAAACAAGGCACUAACAGUAAAUGCCUCUAGUCUGUGAACCAAAAAAAAAAAAAGGCUAUAUGGAAUCUUAAUAGUGUUUUCUGUAAUUUCCAACCAUAUUUAUGAUAAUGAUUUUUAAAUGACUAUAUAAACAGCUUUUGGAAGCUGCCUGUUUAAAAUGUCAGUAACUUUGCAGUAUUCUUUAGCAUAAUGCCUAUGUCUUAGCCAUGUAGAGGGGCAUGUUCCAGACAAUUGCUUUGAUGUCAUCUUUCAUUCAAGUGAAAAACAUGUCAUGAAAUACUACUACCCAGAACAAAAGUGCUGUUCUGAAACCUCCACUGUGUAAGUCUAAAGCCAUAAAACCCUGCCUACCAGAAGGUUAGAUGCUCUGAUUUUCCACAACAGAUAAAGAUCUAAAGGAAGUACUAUUACCAAAGAGAAGGUGCCAUACUGCCUUGCUUUAGGAAAUCUCAUCUUGAGACACAGGGAAGGAACUUGAAUUAACAUGUCUGACGUACAUGAUGUACCUUAUUUCAAAUGUCUUGCUUUCCAUUUUGGUCUUCAGGAAUAAUUGAUCUCUGGGCAUUGAUUUCACAGAGACAGAGACCAGACAACAUCUAUCAUUUUGAUGAUGUUUAAAACUGGGAUCUCAAGUUUCAAGAGUCAUGGUUGGGCUCUUCAAUUGUAUAGAAGAUCUUUACUCUGCAUAACCCCAGGUAACAAUAUUCUUGCCUUUCAGUACAUGGAAAUGUGUGGGUCACACACCAUUUAACAGUAACUUGAAAAAUUCUACACUGAAGCGAAACCUGCACUGAUUUUUCAGGUUGCCUUAAAAUAAGUGAUUAUUAUAAGUAAAACGUUAUUGUGAUUAUAUCAUCUCUAUCACUAAUACUUGGGAGAAUUUAAAGGCCGUCUCAACACAUGCUUUAAACUCUUUUAAAUGAUCUCUUCAAAAAGUUCUGCAGUCUUUCAGUUAGGUCAGCUAAGGGCAGAUAAUUUUUAAAAGAAUGAUUAGACUCUUAAGUGAUAUAAUUACACACAUCCUAUAUACAUGGUUUAUAAUUCUGUUAUUAGCGGGAAAAUUGAAAUGCUCAGCAUUAACUGAUAAAAGCUACAAUUCACUUUGAUUAAAAAACCAACAUAGUAUUUAUUUGAACUAUUGAUUUAUUGUAAAAAUAAAUAUGUUCUAAGUGCCUAUUCUCCUCCUCCCUCCCAGUUUAAAAACUAAUGCUAAAAUACCUCAGUGUUGUACACAUAUUAAAUAUAAAAAACUAGACUGUGUCAAAGUACUUUUAUCUGAUAGUAAACAUUCAAAUAUAACACGUGAAAUGUCAGAAAAGGGUGAAAAGAAAAACAAUUUCCCUUCAUCUUCUCCAUUUACUUGUUCUGCUAGGUACACUAGCAAAACUUCUCCUUAUGUAGAAUAUUAAACACUAAGAGGUAAAGGAAUGGUAACUAUUGGUUCUGAAAUAACCAAACAUCCUCUUGUUUAAAAGGAAAACAAAAUUCCAAUCAUUUGGAAGUUAAAUAUGUAGAGGGAGGGCAGUCACUGAAAACGCUGAACCCUUAUUUACCUAAGUCUGAUGCAGCAUUGAAAGGCUGCAGGUGAAUGUUUCUGUGUAACUGUUUCAAAGUUUGUGUGUCACUACUGGAAUAGAUAUCCACCUCUGCAGGUGACUGUCUUCAGAAUUCCAACUGAUUUGUUUAGAUGCUGUUUUUCCUUUGUACAAUGAACUUGUUAGAACAGAUGAUUAAAACAUCUGAGUAUGUUCAAUACUGUUGUGGACUUAGGAAGUUUUGAUUACAGUAUAUGCAUCAAUCAUAGUUAUGCCAACUUUUUUUUUAAAAAAUAUUUAUUUGAAAGAGAGAGAGAGAUCCUCCAUCCACUGGUUUACUAGCCGAAUGGCUGCAACAGCCAGGGCUGGGCCAGACCGAAGCCAGGGUCAUCCUUCAUGUCUCCCACAUGGGUGCAGGGAUCCAAGCUCUUGAGCUAUCGUCUGCUGCUUUCGCAGGCAUAUUGGCAAGGAGCCAGAUUAGAAGUGGAGCAGCCAGUGUUGCAGGCAGCAGUUUAAUCUGCUACGCCACAACACCAGACCCCUCGGCCACAUUCUUAAUAGCUGUACUGAUUGCCACACUCAGCUGCAUUCACCUGGCACACUCAGUAGUGCCUCCCCAGAUUUCUUCUUUCACCAGAAUCUAAGACAACUGCUCUUGGUUGGACAUAGUGUUGGGCCAACACUAAAUUGCCAACACCAAACCCACAUUAAGAGGAAAGGAGUAACAUUUUUCAAGUGUUGUGAGAAAAAGAUAUUUACUAGUGGCUAUUACUAGAAUACUGCUUUUAUGUUUUAAUAGUACAGGUAGACUUACAUUAGAACUAAAUGAGUCUAAAUAUCUGAAACUUUAUCGAGAUUUCCAACUAAACUUUACUAUAAAAAAUAUAGUAUCCUACAUUCAGUUUAGAUUGUUGCAUGAUAUAUAGACUGGUAUAGGUCUGAUCAGACACUUGUAAUAUUACCAUUUUUUAUCCUGUGUAAGAAUUUUAUUAAAACCAUUUCUAACUGUGCAUAAAUGCUACUUAAGACUUCUUAUAGGUCUAAAUGGAGAAGCUGUUGGAAAGGAUCAGGAUAAAAUAGUGGAAUUCUUCCCAUCAAAGACUGAAUCAUAAAUUGGUUAACAUUGAGAAAACAUUGACUUAAAAAGUGAGGAUAACAGAGUAAAAAUUUUUUAUUAUGAGCUAGACACCAGAUUGGGGACUUGUCACAGGUCUGUGGAUCCUAGUCUAUAAACUCGGGAAUACCCAGGUAUUAACCCUACUCUUGGCAGGGCUACACAGAGAGUCCUUGAACCAAAGAAUCAAAACACCCAAAGUCCCCUGGGGAUGUGUCCCCAACCUUCAGCUGUGUCAGAUCCUCAAUACCUCCAAGUUCCUCUGGGCCAGGGUACUGAAACUGGGUUCAUUCUGUAUGGAGUUCACAGACUGGCUGCCUAUGUCAUCAUGUGUGGGUUCAAGGUUCUCAAAUCCAAAACCAGUGACUUAAUAGCUCCUAAUGCCAUCUACCUGGUUCCUCUAUUCCUUGAACUGUCUAGGCCUUGCCCUCUAUUUUCUCAGAUACUGAUUAAUACCUUGCCAAUAUUAACUUACGUCCAAAAUCUACUCUUUUGGACCUUGGCUGCCUUACCACUCAAAAGUAUUCGAAUUUUUAUAUCCAGAUUUGUCUGCUCCUGAACCUUUUUAGCAUAGUCUUAACUGGAGAUCACACAUCUACUCUCCCUUCAGCUACAUAUGUCUCUUUAUCCUAUAUGAUCCUCAAAUUUUGUGCUGCCCCUUCCAAACACAUACCUUUUUAAAAACUGAUCUACAACAGUCCUCCCAGUCUCUUUGCAGUCCCAAGUCAUGGUGCUCCUUGAAGGCAUUAAGUGAUAUCUAAAAAGCAUGUUUUUGCAUAAAUAAUGCUUUACCAGGGCCAUUAAGCUUGUGUAACUGUUUUUAGUGUGCUACCCCCUUGAAUUCAUUAGCCCAGAGUCUGGGCUUCAGGUGUGCAGAUUUAAGACCUGUCAAGGUAGUAGCCCACCCACCCAUUUGGAAAUACAUUGUAUGAAGGAAGUCACAGGGUGAGUAAAAUACCACAGCUUUUCUUUUUAAGUGCUGACUCCUCCCUGACCAACAGAUGUUAGGGGAGAACUUUGCCCAUGACAGCCUAAAGGCCCUGUCAAGAAGACACCUUCGCCACCGUGAGUCAGGAUUAUUUUUUGGCCAUUUCUUUUGUAUUGAAUGUUUUUUGAGUGCAUUCUUAUCAUUAACUAGAUAUAAUCUAGUUAGGUUAUAAAGUAUGUAGGUUAUAUGAUGGCAGGGAUAUUUGCUUUGUUCACUGAUAUUUUCCCAGCUUCUAGAACAGUGAAUGAAUAGUCAAAUCCUGUUCUUCGGUAGAUUUUUUUUUUUUUCUUGACAGGCAGAGUGGACAGUGAGAGAGAGAGAGAGAGAGAAAGGUCUUCCUUUUGCCGUUGGUUCACCCUCCAAUGGCUGCCGCGGCCAGAGCACCGCGCUGAUCCGAAGGCAGGAGCCAGGUGCUUAUCCUGGUCUCCCAUGGGGUGCAGGGCCCAAGGACUUGGGCCAUCUUCCACUGCACUCCCGGGCCACAGCAGAGAGCUGGCCUGGAAGAGGGGCAACCGGGACAGAAUCUGUUGCCCCGACCGGGACUAGAACCCGGUGUGCCGGCGCCACAAGGCAGAGGAUUAGUCUGUUGAGCCACGGCGCUGGCCCAACCCUACUCUUAAUAAUAGACAAAAAACAUUAAUUUUUUUAAAAUCUAUCAGAAUGGCUAAAUCCAACAUUUUAAUAAUGGUGAGGUUGUGGAUAAACAGGUACUGUCAUAAAUUUCAAAUGGUAGGUGAACCAGUAACUACUAUAUGAAGGACAAUAUGUCAGUAUCAUUCAAAAGUUAUAAAAUGCACAUUUCUAUAGGUACAUAUUUAUGUCAAUGUGAAAUGAUACAUGAACAAGGUCUGGAAACAAUUCAGCUGCCCAUUAAUAGUGGACUGGAUAGUCCAGCUCUCUGCUAUGGCCCGGGAAGGCAGUAGAGGAUGGCCCAAGUGCUUGGGCACCUGCACCCGCAUGGGAGACCAGGAGGAAGCACCUGGCUGCUGACUUCGGAUAGGCGCAGUGCGCUGGUUGCAGCGCGCUGCCCGUAGAGACCAUUUGGGGGGUGAACCAAUGGAAAAGGAAGAUCUUUCUGUCUCUCUCUCUCUCACUGUCCAACUCUGCCUGUCAAAAAAAAUAGUGGACUGGAUAAAUGACAGCACAUCCAUAUAGUGGUAUACUAAACAGUCACUAAACACUGAGGAAACUAUCAAGUGACAUGUGAAGGCUGCCAAAAAAUAUUAAGUAGAAAACAAGCAAAUGGUAUCUACUUAAUCCACUUUUUGUAAAAAAAUGAGACAAGAAGUAAGACUUUCCAAUUGUAUAUGUUGUUAUAUGCCUAAAAAAAGUGUGGACAGAAGUAUGAGAACCCAAGAACAGGGUAUUUAAGGUGAAGGGGUGUAUGUGUGCAGCAUGGGAAGUUGGGCCAAAGACAGAAGGAAGACAUUUGCUGUAUAACUUUUUAUCCCUUUUUGUUUUUUAACCAUGUGAAUGUAUUACCUAUUCAAAAAAUUAAAUAAAAUAAGCAUAUUUUAAAAGCCUUGUGAUGCAAUACAAAUCAAAAGAUGCCUAAAGCCCCCACUUUUUAG